AUGCUCGGUGCGGCUCUGGCAUUCCUGCCCGGCAGGAGCGCAUGUGAAGCGUCAAAGGCUCUGCUCGAUGCUCGUUGCUCGAUGCUCGAUGCUCGAUGCUGCGAUGCCGGCGAAAGGCAGCCGACUGUUGGGGCAGAGCACGGUCCACCUCUUCUUCGCAGAGAGAUCGAAGCAGACCCACGCUUCGGCGGCCUGAAUGGCAGCAUGUCCGUGCGCGCAAGAGGACAGCCUCCCACUCAACAGACGCGCGCAAGAGUCAAGACCCGUUGCCACCCUUUGCCGAUGAAGCUCGGUCAGCAUUUCAUCUGCGCGCAUCUGCUCGGCAGUCCCAAGAUGAUUCAGUUCGUCGCUGGGGACGGAGCUGCCAUCGGUGGGGCCGACGAGUCUCGUCUCGCGGGUGGGCUGCAGCAGCGGAAAGAUCCGCACGCCGGCCAAGAGGCAGACGUUCCCACGUUUUGGCUUCACCUCGGCAAUGUCGGUGGGGAUCUCCGUGCGGGCGGCAAGAAGUACGGCCUUUGCGUGGCUCGGCCCCCGGGCUUCUGCGCGCUGUUCAACUUGGCGAGCGAGCGUCGGACUUCUGAGGCUGUCGGGCAUGGCGGAGGUCCAACUCGGACCGAACUCGGCUGCUGCCCAACAUCGGCGGCGAAGCACACCAUUCCCAUGCACGUCGUUCUGCGCCUGGCUUCGCUCGAAUUCAUGCAUGGAAGCCGUCUCGCUUGCAGGACCCGCUCGGGCGUCCGUGCUCGUGCCAAUCCUGAUAAGAUGCAGCUGCCGGAAGGCCGUCAGAUUCGGCCAAAGUUGGUGGGCCUGCCAACUCCACAGCUGAGCGGCGGUGGUGGGCAGAGUCGGAACCGCACGCACGCAGCUGCGCCCACAGCCAAGUCGAUUGCGAGAGCCACCGAGCCGAUCCGCCGAGCCCAGCGCAGCGAGCCGCACCUUGACAUUCGCGCCUGCUCCCUCGUCACUGUUUCCUUUCUCCAAGCCAUCAAGAAAAGUAAGCGAUCGCACGCACGCACGCACGCACUCUCGCAUACGCAUUCGGAUCCCAUCACCACUCGCGGCAUUGUUCAUAUCGGUGACGACGAGGACCCACCUUGA